AUGCAAGUUCCCGUUGGGACUUCAAGCGCCGUCUCAACGAUGCCGUGGUACCGACUUCGCACACGAUGUGACUCCAAUCUGCUCCAUAGAGUCCAGCAGCCCUGCGCAGCUUGCCGUGGAGCAAACCUCAUACUACAUCCGCGGAAAAGCAGACGGCUUGGAGACACGGUAGUCGAUGCUUUGAAAUUUUCAGCUUGCCAUGGCGCACAAGCUCUAGUACACCGUGUACUAUGCAAAUAA